AUGGAGGAACAUCUGAGCCAUUUCUGUGGAGAGGAGGAUGGACUGGCCACAGGUGGAAUCUUUACAUUGCUGCCUUCUUCUGAUCGCUCAUUAUCACUAAUAGUGCCUAAGAGGAGUGAAACCUCAGCCACAGACACCCCUUCAAGAGCAGAUUCCGUCUCAUUGGAAUGCGACCAUCACCUCAGUGGAGGUCUUGAGACAGCAGUCGCUCAAGUGCUACCUUCAGAUGUAGAAGGACAUCAACAGGAGAAAAAUGAUUUCCUUCAAGCAGCAUCUGAGUCAAGUUCUUUAAAGAUCCAGCACUUUGACAAAGUACUGGACUCCAGGCGCUUCUACCUGCAACAGACAAAGAACGCCACAUGCUGCAAAAUACCCGCCAGGCGUGAACCAGACCCAAAAUUCAAUGGCUACCUGAAACUUCUCAGAGAGUGUCAAAGGAGCAUAGACACUGUUAGGAAAGUUAGAGACAAUCUGAAAGAGGAAGACGAGGCGUUCCCUGGGUUGGCCAAUUUAAACAGCACCGAGACUAAAUCAGCCGGUGUUAUUGAGAGAUGGGAAUUAUUCCAGGCAGAAGCAAAAAAGGAGGAUCCCGUAAUAAAUCCAGAAUCUCAUCACUGGCAGCAAUUUAUGCCGGACCUCACUAAUAUCUGGGACUGGCUGGGAGACACCGAGGAAGAGAUUGGGCGAGUACAGCAGUUGGAUGUUGGCACUGAUAUUCAAACAGUUAACGUUAAAAUCAAACGACUUAAGGAGCUUCAGAAGGCUUUGGAUACCAGAAAACCUAUUGUCCUCUCCAUUAACCUGUGGAGCUCACGUGCCGGCAACACAGACAACAAGGAGCUCCAGGAACAUCUCAGCCAGAUGAACGUCAAAUGGGGACAAGUGUGCAGCUCACUAGAUGGGUGGCGUUGCUCGCUGCAAGAGGCUUUAAUGCAGUGCCAGGAAUUUCAUGAAACUAGCCAGGGGCUGCUUCUCUGGUUAGAAAACAUAGACAGACGACAACAUCAGAUCAUUCCCAUUGAUCCAAAUUGUGAUUCAGACACUCUUCAGCAACAUCACUUGCUUUUAAUGCAAAUGAAGAGUGAUCUGCUAGAGUCUGAGCUCAAGGUGCCAUCUCUGAAGAACAUGUCCUGUGAGCUUCUGGUGAAAGCAGAGGGUACAGACAGCCUGGAAGCCAAGGAGAGGGCCCAUGUCAUCAGUAACAGGCUGAAGUUUCUCCUGAAAGAAGUCACCAUUCACGUCCAAGAAAUAGAGAAUAUUUUAGGCAUCUCAACUAACCAGCCUGAGUUAACAUCUUGGUCUCCAUCAACCACCUUGGACACUUCAGGAUCCUUCGGCCUUAUGUUGGGCAGGCGCAGGCCUCUCAAACAGAGAAUGUGCAAACAGUCAAGUGGCAAAUGUGUUGUGUCAGAGCCUGGACCACGUGUCAUCGUUCCACCAAACAGGUCCAAAGAGGGUAGUUGCCAUCAACUCGAGAAGAAUUUGGCCCAACAGAAAGAAUCCCUUAUUCGCCGAGUUCUUCUGACUGCCUUCCCUCUGCAGUUUCUUCUGCUGCUGAUAAUUAUUUUGGCAUUUGUUGCAACAGCCAACAUAGAACAUCACAGCUGCACUCUGGCCAACAACUUUGCCAGAUCAUUUAAUCUUAUGGUGCGCUAUACCAACGGGCCACCACCAAUAUAG